GGGGCGAGCGGAGGGGGUGGGAGAGUUUAAGACCAGCUUUUAUUUCUCCCCUUCUUCCGCCCCCUCUUGUAUGGGGCGGGAAAGAGGGGUUUUAUUUUCCCCCGUCGGGUGGCCCGUGUGCCUGAAGCGCUUGAAACACAUUCACACUUUGUGCAAAGCUGUAUACAUCUCCCGGUAAUCAUUGGAAAGGUAGUUUAUGGUUGCUGGCUGUAGCUCUGUGAGGGAUGAACAACGCGUAUUAUUAUUAGGCUUGCAUGAAACCUGUGGGAGCCACAACAUAUGCUGCUGAUGCAGUUGUCCACGUGAAGCUUUUGCACAAGGGGAGGAGACUGGAACUGUGAAGUGUUGACACUGCUGUGCAGCAGCUCAGAAAGAAACUAGCAGUACUGUCAAGAGGAGCCCUGAGAGAAGCCAAGCACCACAUCAAGGGAGCUCCUGCUGGUCUGGAGCUUGGAUUUCCCCCUCUACCCUUGGAGAUGAACCAGAGACUUCACUUGCCCUCCUCCUUACCUGAAGUCUGCACCAGCGAUGAUACUAUAGCCAGAUCAGACCACCAAAGAGAGAAGAGGAUUUUUCAUUUAAAGCUAGGGUGCCAUUGCAUUUGAACUGAGAUUUCCGUGCUCUAUUUUUGUAAACUGGAUUGACUGUGGAUUUAUUUCUUACAUUGUGGUUUCACCUUCUUUGAAACAUCUUUAUUGUUUAUAUUUGGAGCUGCUGCACUCUAUAGAUAUUUUUGCUCUUUAUCUUUUGGGAGUUUCUAGACUUUGUGUUUUUUGGUCUUGUUUGAAUUUGCCCAUGGCUUUCUUGAUGAAGAAGAAGAAGUUCAAAUUUCAAACCAGUUUCACUUUAGAGGAGCUGACUGCUGUUCCUUUUGUGAAUGGGGUUCUGUUCUGCAAAAUUAGGCUUCUUGAUGGAGGAGAUUUUGCCACUUUAUCUUCCAGAGAAGAAGUUCAGGAGAACUGUGUUCACUGGAAAAAGAAAUUUACCUUUGUCUGUAAAAUGAGUGCCAAUCCUGCCACUGGCCUCCUGGACCCCUGCAUCUGCCGUGUGUCUGUCCGCAAGGAACUGAAGGGAGGGAAAACUUAUUCCAAGCUGGGUUUUGCUGAUCUGAAUCUAGCAGAAUUUGCAGGCUCCGGGUUCACUGUCAGAUGCUGCUUGCUGGAGGGAUAUGACACCAAGAAUACUCGGCAGGAUAAUUCCAUAUUGAAGGUAACAAUUGGCAUGUCCCUGCUCUCUGGAGAUCCUUGCUUCAAAACGCCUCCGUCCACAGCCAAAUCAAUUACUAUACCAGGCCAGGACUCUACCCUGCAGUUGACCUGUAAAGGGGAGGGGACGACCAGCAGCAGCACAACUCCCACCAGUAGCACAUCUGCCACCAUUGGUUCAGUCCGUCAGAACAAGCCCAGACCCACCAUUCUUGGUUCAGGUACAGGUGUAACAGAAGAACCAGACCAGAACCUGUCAAGUCCUGAUGAAGUAUUCCAUUCCGGACACUCACGGAAUUCAAGCUACGCCAGCCAGCAAUCCAAAAUCUCUGGCUACAGCACCGAGCAUUCACGAUCCUCCAGCUUGUCUGACCUGACCCACCGCCGCAACACAUCCACCAGCAGUAGCGCCUCAGGAGGACUUAGCAUGACAGUGGAGUGCCCGGAGGGUGAGCGGGAGCACAAGCCGGAGAAACCACCUCGCCCACCAAGACCAAACCUUCUGUUGGACAGAUCAUCCAGGAGAAAAAAGGAUUCUGUGGAAAGCCAUCCCACCUGGGUGGACGACACCCGGAUCGAUGCAGAUGACAUAGUGGAGAAAAUCAUGCAGAGUCAGGACUUCACGGAUGUCAGCAACACUGAAGAUAGUAACCUGAGGCUGUUUGUGAGCAGAGAUGGCACAACUACACUAAGCGGAAUUCAGCUUGCCAACAGCUUUCUGACGUAUGAUUUCAGGCCAGAGUCUCAUCUGGAGUUUACGAGCCAGUGGUAAUCGAAACCCAUUAAAUGUGAACAGAAGCAAGUAGACCUGCUGGAAACAGUCUCCUUACCCAUCUGCGGUGGUGUUGGUGGAUGCCAUUCUUUAUUCCUUUUCUAACCUCUCUUCAAGCAACAUUCCAGGCAGGAUUUCCCAAAACCUGUUCCCUGACAUGUGUGCACUGCAGAAACUUCUCCAAGGACUUGACACUCCAGAACAUGCACUUUUGCCCAAAUCUGCCUCAUGUCUCCUCAGAUUUAUCUGGCAAUGUCCCAGAAAUUUCCUGCCAAUCUUCCUUGUCAGGGGAAGACAACUCUGCACUCCAUGUCAAACCCUCAUUCCAUUGAACCACUUUUUCUUCUCAUGUGUAGGAUUUUGCUGAUCCUGUGACUCUCAGCCAUUGGGUUAUACCACUUUGAAUACUUCCUCUCAACCCCCCUCCCCAAAUCAAUUUGGGGUUGAGGAGAAGCAUUGUUAACUGAAUGCAAAAGGCGAGGUGGAAGCAGCCACUUUGGUGCAAUCACUCUUGCAGCUUUUUCUUCAGCAGGCUUCUGCCUUGUAGAUCACGGGAGAACUUUGCUGUGAGGACAGCUGCUGAGCAGAGCACCCAAACAUUUUUUUUUAAGUUUAAAGUCAACAGCCCCAAAGAUCAUCCAUUCAUAGGAAAUGGCUUUUCAUUUCUGUUUUUCUUCCAAAAGUGCAUUUCAAGAGUUGCUGAAAAAUAGAACUUGAUUGUUCGAAGAAAGAGAGAAAACAAAUGAAUUACGAAUGCUGAGCACAUCAUGGUAUUGCCAGCUGCAGUCUUACAGUAGCAGCCCCCCCCACCGCCCUCCACUGCAGGACAUGGAAGGGGUGCCUGGCCUCAGUUUUAAUUAGAUGGAGCACUUUCCGGAUUCCAAACGUACCCUUGAAAGGCUGUUUUCAGAAGUGCAACCUGCACUCUUCAUUCAUUUUUUGCAACAAAGAACUGAUGUUAUAGGUUGGUAGGGGUGUCUGUAACAAUCGAGCAUCAGAGCACCUCAGGUUACAGCCGCUUCAGGUUGCGUUUUUUCGGGUUACGCACCCGCCGAAACCCGGAAGUACUGUAACGGGUUAC